CUCGCCGGCAACUUGAUAAAUUUAAAUAGUCGACAUCUUCGUAGGUUUUUUUUUCAUUUCGUUUCUUAUAUUUAACAUGCACACGAGACGCGCAAUACGACCUCGUGGUUAAUUUUAAUUUCAAUACGUUUUAUCCUUGACGUGUAUAGACAACAUUAUCAUUUAAAAUUCAAGUUGCGAUAGACUCUGAACAAAAAAAAACCACUUUGUUGAUACAUUUGAAUAAAUUUUUUCGCUCACUGUUACGUUUCACUUGAUUUUACGGUAAUUAUCUGGACAGCCGGUCGUCUCUCGUCGUCGAGUGAGAGAAAGAAUACGAAAACAAGUAUCACAAGUGCCCCCUCCCGAGUGACCGUUCUGUCACGUGAAGAAAAAAUAGUGAUAAAAAUAUACAUCGCUGGGAUAUUUCCAUCCAUAAUUGUACGAUACGUGAAAACGACUGUGCAUAGCCAGUUUUGGUGCGGUUGCGGACUUGAUCUAAGAGACCCGGGGGCCACAUCGAAGUGGGUAUCGCUGUUUGGAGUGGUGGCUAUCCAACACGAGGAGUAGAGUGGGAGCGUUGGAAAAAAAUAAAGCGAGACAGUAUUAAAAAGACAGAGAAGAUAAUAAAAAAGAAACCAAGAGUGUGUGUAAUCGUACGUUCGUGCGAGAGGCGGUCCACGUUGGAGUAUAAAACGUUGAAAUUCCGCGGGUUCAGUUGGUGAUGGCAAAAGGCACACAAGUCCCGGGUGAGUUAUAACGCGGUUGAGGCGUCAACGGCCUUGAAAUUCUUUGGGAAUAUCAAAGCGUCGACACAGGUCGACAGUGUUAUCACCAAUUCUAAAUCAAUAUUAUUUUUUAUAAUUUUUUUCUCACUCGUGCUACUCACUGAAUACUUAAUUGGUGACGAGUGAAAUUGAGUUGAUGCUAAUACUUGAACGAAAAAACUCGAUUUACUCGCGUACGAGGAAAUAAACAGUGAGAUAAAAGUCCGGAGCUUUUUUCACUCUCAAACACUGGGAGCACAAAUAGACGAGAACUAGGAAAUCAAACUCCCCAUUUAAAACAUGACCACGUGACCUGUCGCUUCGUAAACAUCGUUGGACCACGUGCUUUACCCCCUCUAUCCUCCCCCCCGGGCAACCGCUGGCGUCCCCACUUCCCCGACACUUCGGCGCUCACGUUAAGUCCCGCGCAUUUUGUAGCCACUCCUGAGGCUUCGAUAACACUUCUUCGUUCUGUCGGCAGUGCCACGUGCGAGUAGAUUUUUUCUCCGUUUGUUUUUCCGCGUUCGCUCAGGUGUUGAACACAAACGAGGGAACAAACGAGGGACUUUUGUUGAACCGUGCGAGUGUUGUUGUUAGAGGAAUAGUUUGUGUUUUAGAGAAAAAUUGAGGAUUGCAAUCAUUCAAGGUGGAUUUUACGGACGAUACUGGUAUGAUGGACUCGGUGACGGGACCGAUAAUGGUCCCGACAACCAUUCAACCGCCACCGUCACACUCGCCACCCGAUCAGCCGCACACACCCCAGGGGUUGUCGUUUGAUCUUGAGAGUGGAUUUGAACCGCAGACUCGCGCGCGCUCCAACACGUGGCCGUUGCCGCGACCCGAUGGCUAUGUCGAUGGCAAUGUUGGGGGUGGCAAUGGGAUUGGCAAGGAUGGCAUUGAGAGCGGAACACCACCACAACAGAGUGCAAUUGGACAGGGGGCUGGGCUUCUUCCCGUUAAGAAAAAUUCCUCGAGACGAAAUGCCUGGGGCAAUCUCAGCUAUGCGGAUCUUAUAACACAGGCCAUCACUAGUGCACCUGAGAAACGGCUCACACUUUCGCAGAUUUAUGAGUGGAUGGUGCAGAAUGUACCGUAUUUUAAGGACAAGGGGGAUAGCAAUAGCAGUGCCGGGUGGAAGAAUUCGAUAAGACACAAUCUGUCCUUGCACAACAGAUUUAUGCGAGUGCAGAAUGAGGGAACAGGGAAGAGUUCCUGGUGGAUGAUAAAUCCUGACGCUAAACCCGGAAAAUCAGCCCGAAGGAGAGCAACGUCGAUGGAGACGAGUAAAUUCGAGAAGCGAAGGGGUCGAGUUAAGAAGAAGGUCGAGGCGUUGAGGAAUGGCUUGCAGGCUGAUGCAACCCCGAGCCCGAGCAGCAGUGUCAGUGAGGGUCUUGAUCUAUUUCCUGAUAGUCCACUUCAUGCUGGGGGAUUCCAGCUGUCUCCCGACUUUCGGCCAAGAGCUUCGAGCAAUGCCUCAUCAGUCGGUCGCCUCAGUCCAAUUCCUGCGGUCCUUGGGGAGCCAGACUGGACCGGAAGUUACGGCUCUUCUUACAGUCCUGAGCAAUUAGCCGGUAGUCUUGCCGAGUCGAUGAAGUUGGAGUCCUACCAGAUGUAUCAAACAUCUCCACCGAAUCAUCAACAGCAGACAGUGCCACCACCUUCGUACUUCGAGGCUCAAUAUCAGAGAAAUAAUACUCUGCGUAAAGCAACGUCACCCUACGGUCUACCCCCAACGCCACAGCCUGCUAACCGACAGAGAUGUCCGAUUCAUCGUCUUCAGCCCUGCACGUGUCAAAUGAAUUUGAGUCCGGUCUCAGGGAUGUCGCCAUCUUACCAGAGUGAAUCCAGCACAUCACCCCUGGGUGCUCAACAACAAACACAACAGGCCCAACAACAACAACAACAACAAAUGAGAACAGUCAACGAGCAAGAGCUACAGUACCUCCUACAAGCUCAGAGUCAAACGCAACAGCAGAAUCAGCAGCGGCAGAGUCAAACGAGACCAACGAAUUCUAGUCCCCCUCAGACGCCAACCUCUACGCCGAGCACAAUGAUGGGCCAAUUAAUGGGUGCAUUAAAUAAUACAACGUUGCUCGAUGACUUGAAUAUUAAUAUUGAGGGACUCCACGGUGGUUUCGACUGUAAUGUGGACGAGGUAAUCAAACACGAGCUCUCGAUGGACGGCACGUUGGACUUUAACUUUCAACAAGGAAUACUGGGGACAGCAGCUAUCCAAGUUACAGACACUGCCAUGAAUCAGAGUAACGUUGUUACGUCAAACAAUCAGGUUGGCUCGUCAAAUCCAUCGAGUGGCGUUUAUGCCACAAAUCCAACGACACCUGCUGCAGCACCCUCCUGGGUUCACUAGCAGUGGUGCACACUAACAACGACAUCAGCCUCGUUCUCCCCAACUUCCAUGCCGCCACAUCAAACGCGUUUUUCUCAAUAUCGCGCAUCCAAGCGACAAUACACUGGUGAGUACAGAAACAAAUUGAUAUUAAAGUGAACCAUCGAGUCAACUUGGGGAAGCAUGGGGUGUUGACGGCUAUGAGGAAAAGUGUUAACGUAGGGUAGCUGAUGCCUGUACUACCCAGCGGGUAAUAUCGUUCACCCGUACUUCUCAGGAUGGCCGAGAAAAAAAUGUUUUUCUUUUUUUACUAUACGAAUAUUUAAUAACAACAAGUAAUUUCAACAGAAAUUUUCAAUUUUCUCCUGUGGAAACUUCGUUAAAAAAAUCUAAAUCAUUUUCUACUGAAUUCGUAAAAUAUUUCGACUCCAGCAUUUGAGAUUUUUCAAAUUUUUAGUUGGUUCAUAAUUGAAUGAAGUGGGAAGUAUGAGUUCGUUAUACAUUUUCACAUCCAUUGCGACCUUUUCGAUAGCAGAACAAUAUCUUCAUCAGUUAUUAAUUGGAAGGUUUUGUAAAAAUAUUGUGAAGGAAAGAAUUCAGAAUAUAUUGGAAAAUAGUACAAUUACAA